AUGGCCUUGGGAACUGCCAUCGACGCUGGCCUGGACGAGAACGAGUUCUCCGCAAGCUGGUCGUGGCUGAAAGAUUUCAAGAAGGGCUAUCAGCUCUCUAUUCGGGCGCGAACGCGAUGUGGUCAAGACACUCAAGCGGACGGCGAUGCAGCUUUGGCGACGUUUGCGGAUCGGAUUGCCCAUUUCGUCAUGGAACACGAAAUCGAAGUCAUUUGCAAUGCGGACCAAACGGGAGUUAACUACGAGUACCUGCCCACGAAGACUUUCAACGACCGCGCCGCGAGCACAAUUUGGAUCAAGUGUGGCGGCAAGUCCAAGGAACGAGCGACAGCCAUGGUAAUGGCUGACACGACUGGAAAGAAGUACCCGAUGUUCCUGGUUUUGAAGACGGCAGCAUCAAAGGUCAAGAAGGUGGUCCAAGAAAACAAUGCC